AUGCCGUUUAGGUUAUGUAAUGCCCUGACAACUUUCUGGUGCAGCAUGAUGGCCAUAUUCUCAGAUAUGGUGGAAAGUUUCCUUGAAGUUUUUAUGGAUGACUUCUCUGUGUUUAGAAAUGAUUUUGUAGAUUGCUUAAGGAAUUUGAAGUUGGUUUUAUGCUGCUGUGAAGAAACUAAUCUAGUAUUAAAUUGGGAGAAAUGCUAUUUCAUUGUCAGUGAAGGAAUUGUCCUUGGAUACAGGGCUUUCGAGGAACUCAAGAAGCGACUUGUAGCAGCACUGAUUGUGGUUGCUCUAGAAUGGACAUUGCCCUUUGAACUCAUGUGUGAUGCCAGUGAUUAUGUUAUGGGAGUAGUGUUGUGUCAAAGGAGAAACAAUGUUCUACAUGCAAUAUCUUAUGCAAGUAGGAUAUUGAUAGAGGCUCAGCUUAAUUAUACCAUUACGAAGAAGGAAUUACUGGUAGUGGUUUUUGCAUUUGACAAAUUUUUCUCUUAUUUAGUAGGAACAAAGGUCACAAUCUACACAAAUCACUCGACUAUCAAGUACUUGGUACGGAAUAAAGAUUCCAAGCCAAGAUUGAUUAGGCGUGUACUCUUGUUACAAGAGCUUGAUUUGGAAAUUAGAGAUUAG